CACCACCACCACCACCACCUCAAUCACAACCACCACGACCACGGCCACCACACAACCACCGCAACUCCCACUCCAACGACCACUACUACCCACCCCCAUACUCCUCCUCCUCCUCCUCAGCCUCCCUCAAAGGCUGUUGCUGCUGCCUCUUCCUCCUCUUCUCCUUCCUUGCCCUCCUCAUCCUCGCCGUAGUCCUUGUCAUUGUCCUCGCCGUCAAGCCCAAAAAGCCCCAAUUCGAUCUCCAACAAGUCGGCGUCCAGUACGUCGGCAUAUCCCCAAACCCUCCCUCCACCACCGCCACAGAACCGUCGUCCGCCUCCGUAUCCCUAAACAUCCGGCUCCUAUUCACGGCGGCGAACGACAACAAGGUGGGGAUAAAGUACGGAGAAUCGAGAUUUACGGUAAUGUAUAGGGGGAUUCCGCUGGGGAGAGGGGUGGUGCCGGGGUUUUACCAGGCGGCGCACAGCGUCAGGCAGGUGGAGACCACGGUGGCGGUGGAUCGGGUGAACUUGAUGCAGGCCGACGCGGCGGAGCUGGUGAGAGACGCCACGCUCAAUGAUCGGGUGGAGCUCAGGGUGUUGGGUGAUGUUGGGGCUAAGAUCCGGAUUCUUGGGAUCACUUCGCCCGGUGUGCAGGUAUCAAUUGAUUGUGCAAUAGUGAUAAGUCCAAAGAAGCAGGCUCUCACCUACAAGCAGUGUGGAUUCGAUGGCUUGAGCGUCUGAUCUCACCCCUUCUCCUUUCAUACCCAUAUAUCAUUCCUUCACCCUUACCCCCCCAUAAUUGAACUCUUUUUCUCUCUCUAGAAAACACUAUGAGAGAGGAAAAUAUAGAAUUUGAGAAGGGAAAAAAAAAAAAAAGAAGAAGAGCAAAUGCGUCUCAACUUGGAAUCAAUGGGAUGGAAAAAAUUGUAGAAAAAGCAAAUCUAGGUGAGAUUCUAAUUUUUAAGAGAGCGUAGAGUUUUUUUUUAUUUAUUUAUUUAAAUUUUAUCAUUGGAGAAUUUUGGGCAAAGUUAAAAAAAAAUAUUUGGUGCUCAGUGUAAAGUUUGGACUGAUGUAUGCUAUCCUGCGCCCCAUUAGCUAUUGUUUCUUCCCACUUUUCUAAACCCCCUUUCUCUCUCACAUGGAAAAGAAAUGGAGAGUGAAUAUUUAUUUGGUGGCCUUUUUGCCUUCUUGUUUAAGUUUUACUCAAAAUUCUAAUAUUUAUGUGAGAGUUGUGGAGCUAGUACUUGAACCAUUGCAUUCUUGGGUUGUGAAUGAAAAAAAAAACAUUUGAGAUUCA